AAUAAAUAUGUUUUGGCGAAUAUGAAUCCUCCUUUCAGCAUUAUUACUCCUGUUUACGCCUUUUAUUGCAGCUAAGAGGGGCUAUAAACUUAGUAAGAUCUGAAAGAAUUCUGAAAAGACUCUAAUACCUUACUUAUAGUACAAGAGAAUGUCUAUGCAGCCCCUAUUUAUGGGAACAUUUCUGAAACGCUAUAUUAUUAUGUAAAUGUUUAUGUUGGUGAUCCUGCUAAUCCAUCAAAACAAGCUCUCAUUGUUGAUACAGGCUCUACAGCAACUUGUCUCCCUUGUAAGGAGAAAUGUACAAAAUGAGGAAAUCAUAUUUUUCCACAAUUUAGUCUCUCUGAGUCUUCUAAAGCAAGUGUUGAACAUUGUAAUGGGCAUAAUUGUGAGUGAGGAGAAAGCAAUGAAUGCCUCUUUACCUCCUUCUAUGAUGAAGGUAGUCUAUAUGAGGGGUUCUAUGUAACAGACUACUUUCAAUUCAGCGAUAACACAUUAAUUUCUAAAGCUCCCAGAUACACAUUUGGAUGUGUAACUAAGGAAACGAAUUUAUUCUUAACUCAAGAAGCAAAUGGAAUCAUGGGGUUGGCUCCUGUUAUUCGGAAUGAGUUCAAACCUGUGUAUUAUACCUAUUAUGAAACUGGGUUUAUUAAAAAGCUUCAAUUCAGUCUCCUCCUUACCAAGGAUGGAGGUGUUAUGUAUCUAGGAGGCUAUGAUAGUUCAGUACUUCUAGAACCUGUUCAGAACAUAAUUUGGAUGAAAAAUAUAGCAGAAGAGAAUUACAUUGUCAAAUUUGAUAGUUACUCUGUUGGUGGGCAACUUCUGCCCGGAAAUCUAAUCAAAGCGAAGAUUGACUCUGGCAUGACCUUUGUAUACACAACUAAAAAGCAGUUUAAUCACAUUGACCAAGUCAUUAACUCUCUAUGAAGGCAAGGUAACUAUAAAUGAUUGGGAGAGAAAUAUUCUCAAGGCUGUUACAAGUUUAGUCCAAUACAAGAAUUGACCUAUGAAGAUUUCUUUUACUCAUAUCCGGUUAUCAGUUUUAAUAUGGGAUCUCAAAAGGUUCAUUGGUACCCAAAUGACUACUUUUAUCGUAAAAAUCCAACCACUUUUUGCCUUGCAAUUGAGCCAUUUGCUAGUGACGAGACUAAGGUAGUUCUUGGAGCAAGUUUCCUUAGGAACAACUUAGCUAUCUUUGACAUUGAAAAUAAAAGAAUAGGCAUAGUUCGAGCAGCUUUAAAUGGGUGAGAAAAUACUCAAAGUUCGGUAAACAGUUGAAAUAUCCAUCCAGACUUAUCUCCUAUAAUCGCAUCUGAAGAAGAUAUCAUUAAGUACAACAGAGUGUCAAGCACUAAAAGUAGGCUCGAAUAAUUUACCAUUAAUAGUUUAGGAAUUCUUAAUAAAUUUUCA